GGCUGGCAUUCGGCAGCUGGAAAAAGCUGGUUGGAGUUUGCACUUUAAGCUCACGGCUGGGAGGGAGCCGGGGCUGGGAGCUGGUCCGGGCGCCCGGCGCCGCGGGAGGAUGGCGCGGUGGCUGCGGCCCCUGGUGGGAGCCCUGCUCCUGCUCGAGGGGGCGGCCGCCCUCAGCUUCCUCCACCAUCGCUACGAGGAGCUGGUGCAGGCCCUGUUCCGCGUGCAGAGCCAGUGCCCCUACGUCACCCGCAUCUACAGCAUCGGCCGCAGUGUCGAGGGCCGACACCUCUACGUGCUGGAGUUCAGCGACUCCCCGGGCGUGCAUGAGCCCCUGGAGCCAGAGUUCAAGUAUGUUGGAAACAUGCAUGGGAACGAGGUGCUGGGCCGUGAGCUGCUGCUGCAGCUCUCUGAGUUCCUGUGCGAGGAGUACCGCCGGGGAAACGAGCGGAUCACCCGCCUCAUCCAUGACACGCGCAUCCACAUCAUGCCCUCCAUGAACCCCGACGGGUACGAAGUGGCUGCCAAGCAGGGCCCAGACAGCAACGGGUACUUGACAGGGAGGAACAAUGCCAAUGGAGUGGACUUGAACCGCAACUUCCCUGACCUCAACACACUCAUGUACUACAGCAGGGAAAUCAGCGGGCCAAAUCACCACAUCCCACUGCCUGACAACUGGAAAAGCCAGGUGGAGCCAGAGACAUUGGCUGUGAUCCAGUGGAUCAGCAGCUACAACUUUGUGCUCUCAGCCAAUCUGCACGGUGGAGCAGUGGUAGCAAAUUACCCCUAUGACAAGUCUCAAGAUCAGCGGUUCAGGAGCCACCGGCGCACGGUCAACACACCUACCCCUGAUGACAAGUUGUUUCAGAAGCUGGCCAAGACCUACUCGUACGCCCACGGCUGGAUGCACCGUGGCUGGAACUGCGGGGAUUACUUUGCCGAUGGCAUCACGAAUGGGGCAUCCUGGUACUCGCUCAGCAAAGGCAUGCAGGACUUCAAUUACCUCUACACCAACUGCUUUGAAAUCACCCUGGAGCUGAGCUGCAACAAGUUUCCCCCCGAGGAGGACCUGGAGCGGCAGUGGAUGGCCAACCGAGAGGCCCUUGUUGCUUUCAUUGAAGAGGUUCACCAGGGCAUCAAAGGGCUGGUGUCAGACGAGAACAACAACGGCAUUGCAGGAGCAGUGAUUUCCGUCCAGGGAAUCAGCCAUGACAUCACCUCUGGUGAUAUGGGGGAUUAUUUCCGGCUGCUGCUGCCUGGCACUUACACUGUCACAGCCUCUGCAGAGGGGUACCAUCCCCAGACGGUGACAACAACAGUGGGCCCAGCUGCACCUUCAUUGGUGCAUUUCCAGCUCAAACAAGAAGUGGUGAGGAAGCCCCCGGAGCGUAAAGCCUCAGGCACACGCGUGAACAACAAAGCCCUUCAGAAGAAAGUUGUGCCAAGAGCCACCCGCCGGGGGACCCAAAGAUGAGGACAGCUCACUUGGCAGAGAGCUGGGGGAAGCCGUUUACAUGAGGUCUGGCUGAUGACUCCAACAGUGAACUUUCCAACAGUCCAGCAUGAAACUAGCCCACAUUAUUAGGUUAUUAAACAAGGAAGUAUUUAAUCCCUGAUCAAAUUGUGAAGUCAUUCACAACAAAAUGGGCCUGGGCUACAGUUCCCUGGGAAGUGUGUCUGGUGUCUGUGUGUGCUGAGUUCUUCUCCUGCAGUCACUUCAUCCCAGAGAGCUCUGUUCCCUUUACUCCUGGACUCAGUUGCUACAGCCCACUUGAGAAGCCCAGACACUAGUGCAUACCAGGGAUAAUGAACCCAGGCCUUCGUGUAUGCUGCACUCACCUGGGCACACGAAUCCUGGCACUAGUCCUCUGGGUGUGAGUGCCACACUUCUCCCUCAGGUAAGGACACUUGCUGCCUGUAGACCCUAAAGUUAGGGGAAGGUCAGUUUUAAAGCAGGCAGUGAUGUGAGCAUCUCUGAAGACAGUUUGAACCAUAUGUAGCACACCUAUUGCUGGUUGGCAACGUUGGGAAGUGGUGGUCCAAGGUCAUAUCCUGAUCUUGAUGUGCAGAUGGGACUUUCUAGUAGCUAGUUUGGACUAUUGGUAGUCAGACAGGCUGAAAUGAUGCAUGCUGGAAAAGCCAAAGAUGAUCCCAUCUCCUUAUGUCUUCAGGCCCAAACUAGAUGGUUUGCUGGGGGGUCUGCUAUAGCCAACACAAACUAUUAGUCUGAGCACAGGAGCAAAUAUGUGAGGUUUUACAACUGAUGAUGAGUAGAAGUGCAGGCCAAGUUAUUUGAUGUUCCUUUGAGACAAAUACCCUGAACCUUGGUCCUGUCAAUGUGCAAUGGGGAAGUGUGGAUGUUUGAUGCCAGCAGUGUGCUGUGCAGGUACCACAUAAGCCACGUGAGUUGUAAUUGGGUUAGGAGAGACAGGAUCCAUUGUUCAGUGAGGUGGGGUACUACAGACUGAGGCUUAAAAUGCUGCUUAGGCCGUGCAGGCAGGUUUGGAGUGGAAGCAAGAGUAGAAACGAAGCUGGUUAUUUCCAUGGUAAAAAUAUCUUAAGCAGGCAAAACCUUUCUAGCACUCUUCAUUGAAAAUAAAUAACUCCAGAGGGAUAAACAGCAUGCCCCGGUGAUUUCUUUUUCCUUGGCUGGUUAUCUCUAUCUCUCCCAUACAGCCAUUGGUUAUACUGUUUGUCUCUCUGUCUCAAGCCUGUCCAAAAAGUGUCCCCCAAACAUCCCUUUGCUUCUCCUCUUUUCCAAAGUCUCUUCAUUUCUUGAGAGCAACCUGUAUCACCCUUCUGCAUAAGCAAUAUUCUGCAUUUCAUCCCUCACUGUCACCUCCUCCUCUGCCUGUGCUACAAGAUGCUGGUGGCAUUUUCAGCAUUAGCAGCACACACACAGUUGUAGCUCUGCCUGCUAACAGAAGCUUUUUCUCCGUCAUGCCAGUUCUUGUAAAGGCAGAGGAAG